AUGGUUAAGUCACCAACAGUUAGAGUAGUUCUCUGUUUAGCAAUUACUUAUAAUUGGCAUGUGAAACAAUUAGAUGUUAGUAACGCUUUUUUACAUGGAUAUUUAGAUGAAGAGGUUUAUAUGUCACAGCCACAAGGUUUUCUUCAUCCGAAUUAUUUUUUUCAUUAUGUAUGUCGUCUCAAAAAGAGUUUGUAUGGCCUUAAACAGGCACCAAGAGCAUGGUUCUACAGAUUUAGCUCAUUUCUUCUUAAAUGUGGUUUCAAGAAGUGUGUUUCAGAUUCAAUGUUUGUCAAGUCAACUGGUAGUGAUAUUCUUGUUCUCCUAUUAUAUGUUGAUGACAUAUUAUUAACUGGUAGUUCUUCUGUGCUUAUUUCUGAGAUUAUUACCUCAUUGAAGAAAGAAUUUGCAGUGAAAGAGUUAGGGGACUUAGCAUAUUUUCUUGGCAUUGAAGAUGUGAGACAUAGUGAUUCUAUAGUGUUAACUCAAACGAAAUACACUUUAGAACUUCUUGAGAAAGCAAAUUUGUUGGAUUGUAAAUCUUGUGAUACUCAAGUUGUUAAGGCUAGUAAACUUUCUAUUCAUGAUGGAGUUAAAUUGGACAAUCCUUGUCAUUACAGAACAUUGGUAGGUGCUCUGCAGUAUUUAACAGUCACUAGGCCAGAUAUAUGCUUUGCAGUGAAUUAUGUUUCACAAUUUAUGCAUUCUCCAUCUGAUUUACACUUGCAACUUGUUAAGAGAAUCUUGAGAUAUUUGAAAGAGACUGUUGAUCUGGGGAUUAAUUUGAAUAAAUGUGAUGUAACUAGCUUGAAGGCAUACACAAACUCUGACUGGGCAGGGUGUCUAGAUACUAGAAGGUCCACUUCUGGCUUUGCUAUUUUUCUGGGUUCAAAUUUAGUGUCUUGGUCAUCUAAAAAGAAACCUACAAUCUCAAAAUCCUCUGCAGAAGCUGAAUAUAAAUGUCUUUCUGUUGCAUCAGCUGAAUUGCAGUGGUUUUCUUACUUAUUGAAUGAUUUACAUGUUGUUGUUUACUCUGUGUUGUUGUUAUGUGAUAACACAAGUGCUCUGGCUUUGGCAACUAAUCCUGUUUUUCAUGCCAGGACCAAGCACAUAGAAAUACAAUAUCACACUGUCAGGGAAUUGGUUGAGGAAGGAUUCUUAAAGUUGCAGCAUAUUUCUUCAGAAGAUCAACUGGCAGAUCUCUUUACUAAAGGCUUGUGUUUUCCAGCUUUUUCAAGGCUUUUAUCUCAGUUGCUUGGGACUCCUUUAUCUGCUUCAGUUGCUUCUUCUACUUCAGUUACUUCUUCUGCAGUUCAACUUACAGAGAUUUCUUCUUAG